UUUACAUGUAAACUGGGUACAGUUACCGUUUUUAUCAUUUUUAUCAUUUCAUGUUAUAUCAUUUUAUACAGUUAUUUGUGACUAAUUCUCUUGUAAUCUAAGCAAGUUAGUGUCAUUCAAUAAUUUCAUAUUCAAGUAGUUGUGAAUUACUUUUAAUGUAACAUCAACACUUUAUUGCUCCAUAUUGCAAUACAAAACAAUCACAUAAUGGCAACGCUUUCCCACAUUUACUAGCUAUUAAUGCUGACCUAUUUUCCUCUAUUAUCUCCCGAACACUAGAACACUUUUCGCCAGCAUAAUGAUAACUUUUUAGUCAUUCGGCAAAACUUUUGUUUGAACCGCUGUAGUUAAAAAACAUUAUAACAUAUGUGAAUAUUUAAGUUAAAUAUGUUAUCUUUCUUUUAUCUGCUGUCAGUCCGUCAGCUCACCACUGGUGCUGCUAAAAAGUUUUUGUUUAUAAAUCCCAUCUAUGCCCAAAAAUAGCAUAUUUCAGAGCCUGUUUUGGGCAUGCUUAACGUUAAUGAGUCCCCAGGUGCAAACAGGGCCCUAAAUCAAAAAAUUCAAUUCAACAUGCUCUACUUGGUACAAUGGUACUGUAAACAGAUUUUAUUUUUAUCUCUCAUUAGGAGCCAACAGAAAACAUCCGUCUGAGCAGUCAUGGAGAGUCUGUUUUUGCUUCUGCUGUCAGGGCUCCUCUGCAGCAGUUCUGCUAUUUCUCGUCAGUAUCAAUAUAUAAACCUGCAGAUGUCAUGGUCAGAUGCUCAGAGUUACUGCAGAGAGAGAUUCACUGAUCUGGCUACUGUAGACACCAUGGAUGAUGUGAACGUACUGAUGCAUUCAGUGGAUGAUGGAUACAGUGGAUCAGUGUGGAUUGGACUGAAAAGUGGAACAGAGAAACGAUGGGGUUGGUCGAAUGGAGAAAACUCUUCUCAGUACUUUAACUGGGCUUCAGGAAUGCCAAAUGAUGAUGGAUAUUGUGUAGCUACUUUUUCCGGCUCUUGGAGUAAUAUGCCAUGCAAUUAUGGGCGAUAUUUUGUGUGUUAUAAAAACACUACAUACUACAUGAUACAAAAUGCUGGUACUUUACACUGGACAGAGGCUCAGAGUUACUGCAGACAGCAUUACACAGACCUGCCCACAAUCCACAGCUCUGUGGAGAACGACAAGCUAACUGCAGUAGCUUUAAAAGGAUGGUACAUCUGGAUUGGUCUGUUCCGGGACACUUGGGAAUGGUCUGAUCAGUGGGAUCUCCGAUUCAGAUACUGGGCAAAAGGUCAACCAAACCAGAGAGUACGGCCUGACUGUGCCAGCAUGUCAACAACUGAUUCUGGGAAAUGGAGUCAAGAAAGUUGUAAUGUCCUGCAUCCUUUUAUCUGCUAUGCAGAGGAAAAGAGAAAACAAAUUGUCAAACUGAAAUUAUCCUGUGUUGGAAAUUGCAAACUGAAUGAUCCUUCACUGCAGACUGCCAUUCUGAAUCAGAUCACUGAAAAAUUAGAAAGCAUGGGACUGGAAAGUGACAGAAAAAUAAACUGGACAAAUGGGGGCAUUAAAGAGGUGUUUCGUCUGGAAAACAGCAGUGUGAAGAGUCCAGAUAAUAAAUGUGAAAGAUCACUGAAAUAUUAAAAAGCAUGGGACUGGAAAGUGACAGCAAAUAAACUGGAGAAAUGGGCGCGGUGGAGAGGUGUUUCAUCUGGAGAACAAUGGUUUGAAAUGAUCCUAAUUAACGCACUGUAAAAAUCUAAAUGAUAACGAGAUGGACAGGAAAAUAUUACUAGUCAUAGUACUUUAUUAAAUAUGAACUACAUUAAAUACUUUACUCCAUUUAGCCCAGCUGUAGAUAAAAAUAUUUGCAUUUUUACAAGACAAUUAAGAGAAUAUGAAUUUAGUUCAAUUAAGUUAAUUUAAUUCCAAAAUUAAAAACUAAAGGUGUGUCAUAAGAAAUGUAAUAAAACCCCACAUAUCUCUGAUGUGACCUACUGUAGAUAAUCAUUACUGAGUAACUAUAUGAAAGCAUGGACAUCACUGAUAUGAUUAAUCACAGAUGUGCUCAACUUCCUCUAUUAGGCGUCUAUCAUGUGAAGAUUUUGAAUUUUGAAGUUUGAAAUUUCUGUUUUGUUUUAGGGUUAUUUGGGUGUUGUCCUCUUGUACUGUUGGUGCUGAGGUGAUUUGUUUUGUUUUUUUUGGUGCCAAAAUCUGUGUGUGUGUGUGUACUUUGGUUAGUUAAGGCACUGGUUAUCAAGCUGAUACUGGCACAGAUGUUUGUUUUUUUGUAAAGAGUAUGUUUUUAGCCACUAACUUAAUGCUAUAAAAAUGUGUCGUUGUGAUUGACAGCUUACCUUAGACCGUCUGGGAUGAAUGAAUUUUUUUUUUUUAACAGGGACGGCAUGCAUCGGUAAUUUUUUUGUCUCAUUCUUUGUACAAGCAUAAAUUAAAGAGCUGUUAAUUUGCUGCCCUGACAUUGAUGAAGUGGAGAAAGUAACACUUACUUGUUUGCUGAUACACACCUAACAUUAGCUAUGACGAGGGGGAAAAAAAACAGGUGACCAUUAUCUAGCAGUUACAAAUUCUUUCAUAAAAUCCUGUGCCUUGAGCCCUCCUGUUUGCACGGUGAGGGGGAGUUUGAGCUCAGGUGGAUCUUGAGAACUCCCCUGCUGUAGUAGCUAAAUGGUUUGACGUACAAGCGUUUGGUUGGAAGUUUGAUUCCGUCACUGCACCUCUGGCUCCAUCCAGUAUUCCUUCUGCGCAUGCCCAGGCUCCUUUUUCAGCAGUGUUUUGCGAUUGUUUGUACUCUUCAUCUGGCAUUUUGCAUUCAAUGGAAGAAGGCGCUAUCACUUUGUUUAUAUUUUUUACAGCCUAUGGUGAAAACCAGCCUUUUUUGGGAAAGCUUUGUUCAUUAUAUUAAAUUUUGUAGCGAUUGACUUGCCUGGAAAAUGUUUUUCAAAUGGGUUAUAAAUAAUUUAUAAUGUAUUCAUACAGUUUUUUUUUUCAUUUAGAAUAGUGCUUUGAGUCAAAAUAUCUUCCACAUGAUCCAUUAGAUUACAUAUUCUGACCAGCAACAAUAUGCAAAUGUUUUUAAUAAUAAUAAAUGCUUUGAAUAUCAAAA